CUCUCUCAACCACUUCUCUCACCUCCUUCUCCUCAGGAAUCCUCAGGUGCACCUGUGACCCCGAGCCAUGUCCUGCUGCAAGCCCUGCGACCCUUGCUGCCAGCCCUGCGGCCCCUGCCCGCUGGCCAGCAGCUGCAAUGAGUGCUGUGUCAGGCAGUGCCAGAGCUCCCAUGUAGUCAUUGAGCCGCCUGCUGUGCUGGUGACCCUGCCCGGCCCCGUCCUCAGCUCCUUCCCACAGAACACUGCCGUGGGAUCCUCCACCUCCGCUGCCGUUGGCAACAUCCUCAGCUGUGGCGGAGUGCCCAUCAGCUCCGGGGGCUUUGACAUCUCCUGCAUCACCAACUGCUAUGGUGGCAGCAGAUGUCGUCCCUGCUAAA